CAUAUCUUCGUAUCUUCAAAAAAAUACCAAGCAAUUCUCCAUUUACAAAAAAAUCUCCAUAAAGCUAUACAAAAUAACCUAAUUAAUAAAAGGGAUGAUUUUCGAUGCGAAAUAGCGCGAGAAGCCCCGAGUCGGCCGCUCCGUGGCGGUAAUUCCCCGAUCGCUAUCCAUCCAUCCAUGCGUUUUGCCUAUCCAAGUCGAAGACGGAUGCGUCGUGAUUGCUCGACAGUCUCUCGCAGUCUCUCGCGGGCUGUCGUCGACGGCGCAUGUGGUUCCGCAUUCGUUCGCCACCGUCCCCGCAACCGCGAGUUCCGUCCACCGGUGAUAGACGGUGUCGAAAAACCAGCCACCGUUUUUACCACGCCUGAUUACGGGUCGAUAGCGUACUAGGACUCGUCGGGAGCGUUCUAUGAGUACUGAAGAAUCUCUCUUGUAACUGAUCCACCCUCAAGAGGUCAACGCAGAGUGCCCAGAAGAGACCUCUUCGCUCCUACAGAACUCCGACAAGAGGGGAUCCCCCGAUACUCAAUGUUUUCCUUCGCUGCAAAACUCCAUAAGAGGCAAAUUAGAGAAAAAUCGAGGGAAAAAUGGAUUCCCACGAUGGCAGCACGAGGUCCUCCCGUCGUGAUCCGUGGCUAGAUCUACGUGGGAUGCCACGAGCCAUAAUCAUGCCAGGCUCGAAGCGGAAUGUCCGUCGGUUCGGGAGGACGGGCACCGUUUAAGCGUGCUACUGGAAAUUCGGUGCCGAUCGCGGAUAAGUCCACGAAAACUCGAUCGAAGCAAGAAUCAAGGCCAGCAGCCGGGACAGGGAGAAAAAGAGACGCGCUCGCGUCGCUUUUCAGCCCGAAAAGGCCAGCGCACAGAAAAGUCGAACGUUCCAUCGGCGGACACGAGGCAAAACUAAAGGAGCGACUAAUAUAGCAAUUAGUCCUUUGCAAGAUCGGGUGGUGCAAUAUAUACAUUUAGGUGUUGUGGAGGAGGAUAGUGGGCACCACUGGCACAUACGUAAUGGAAGAAUCAUGGAGAGAGGAGCAGCACAGCUUGGAGUUAGACCGGCUCACAGAGGAAAACGAAGCUCUGCGUGCGAGGCUCAGGGAUGUAGCGCACUCUCCGUUGUCGGAUUCAGAGAAACAGCAACUGCUUCUGGAUGCCUCGAGGCUGCACAACUCUGCUCCUGCGUCCAUAGCGAUCCCUCAGGAUGAAGGCUCCACGCCUGUCUCCACCAUGCCCCCUGAUAGUGCUCAGUGCACCACUCCGGACUGGGACAAACAUUCUUCCAGCUCGGUGUCGGAAGUCUCUGUCGCCUGUCUGCAGGACAGAAUAUUGCAAAUGGAGGAAACGCAUUACUCGACGAACGAGGAGUUGCAGGCAACGAUACAGGAACUGAGCGAUUUACAAGCUCAGCUUACGGAACUGCAGGCUGAUAACGAAAGGUUAACAGAGGAGAAGGAUGUGCUUCUGGAGUCGCUGUGCAGACAGACGGAGAAGCUCGAAGACUCCAGGUCCAAGGUGGAUACGCUGCAAGGUCUCCUCUUGAGGGAAGAACAGCCUCAGGAGUCUUCCAAAGGGUACAAUACGGAGAGGGAGCAGAAAUUAGUAGACCUUUUAAAAAGUGCCCAAGAGGAGCGAGAAUCUCUUUUGCAAAAGCAAGAGGAGCUAUCAUCAGAAUUGAAGAGUCUGCGAGCAGCUGCUGAAGCCAGUGCAGCUGAGACCGAACGGUUAUCCAAAUGCGUGCAUUUGCUCGAGUCAACGGUGGACGCGACGAACAACGAACGAAAACAGUUGGACAUAGAGCUGGCAGAGGCCAGACAGGAGGGCGCGAACCGAAGUAUAGAGAUCAGCAGGCUAGCCACGUUGCUGGAUAACGCUCGAGCGAAAAUCGAGGAGCUGGAACAGUCGCGGCAAGUGGAAAACAAGAGCGAGGCGGAUGAACUCCUGGACGCGGCCAGGAGGGAAAAGGACACGUUGGAGACGCAGGCAGCAGCUCUGCAGGAGCAGUUGGCCAGGUCCCAUUGCGACCAUGAUCGGCUCAGGGAUCAGUAUUCGCAGCUCCAAGAAGAAUAUAAAGUAGCGCGGAAUAACGCAAAGUCAGCCAUCGACGACCUGGAGUACCGCUUGAAUCAGCUGAAGGACGAGCGAUUAUCGGUGAGCACGGAGCUCCAGCUGGUGCGAGACUCGCUGGCGGAGCUGCAGGCGCAAUGCCAGAGGCAUUUGGAGGACAAAAGGGAGCUGAAGGCCGCGUUGAACGAGGCUCAGCGAAGGGAACGCGACGCCCAAACGCGCCAAUACGAAUUGGAACGCGCUCUAGCCGAGGAACGGAAGCUGAGGCAAGAGGAGGUCGCCGAAUGGGAGCAAUUCCAAACGGACUUGCUGAUGACCGUGAGAGUGGCGAAUGAUUUUAAGACGGAGGCUCAGAGCGAGCUGGAGCGCGUCGUCAUGGAGAACAAGGCCCAGCGCGACAAGCUCAGGGCGUUGGAAGCCCAGCUCGAUAAGCUCAACAAGGGCAGCGCACCAGUUCCCCAAUGUAAGACAUUCGGUAGUAUGAUUGGAAAUAGUCACAAGUCUGCAAGCAAUAUAUUGAAACGCGGGCGUACUAUUGUAAAGAAGCGUUCUGACACCAAGAAGAGCCCACGUGUAUCCAAAACAAUGAGCGAACUGGAUCCACCUGAGACAGAGAGGAACGUAGAAGUCAUAGAGGAGUUAAAUUUAAGUUUUUCUCUGAGAGACGCAGAGUCAGAGGAUGCUGGCAACGAGCUGUUGUCAAAGGAGCCCAUUAAGUUGGAUGACAAUCUGAUUUCUGGUGAGGAAAUCGAGUUCUGUCCCACUUUACGCUUACACAAGAAAAUUGAUGAUCCUGUUGACCUGUCGGAGUCAACCAAUGUUGCUUCAAAAGGUUCGUCUUCAGCAAAAAGACGUCUAUCUAUUGAAUCUGAUGAUAAAUCAUCCUUGAGCAAAGAAGGAUCUGAUAUAUUACAUUCAAAUAAAUUACUCGAGUUCGCAGAAACUGUCCAGGAGGUGUGCACCCCGAAAACUGACACUUCCGGUGAGAAUAUUCCUGCGAAGUUCUUGUUAAAGGAUAUUAAAGGUAUUCAGAAUAUUGGAGAGGAUUCCUAUGGCAUAAACAUCUCUAAUAGUCGAUUUUACGUUCCCAAGAAUUAUUUAUUCCCAGGUGUGGAGAAGUCCAUGGAUGAUUUAAAGUUCGAGGUGGAUCCUGGAAUGAGGAAAGUGCUGCAGGAAUGCACUCGAACAAGCACCCCACAGGAACCUCAGAACGAACCAAAAAUUGAUAAGGAGAACUUAUCAAAUACAAUUUUAAAAUUAGAGGACGAUGGGGAUUACUUUCUUAACAAAAAACGGAGGAUUUUCUUGAAGAAGAACGAGUCCAGGUCUGGCAGCGAGGUAGUUGACUCCCUUGUAGACAGUAUCGCUCACAAACAAACCUCAGCAAAGAGUUUCUCCAGCUCUUUUGAUAACAUUGAUUUUAAUACACCAAAAAGCAUCGAAGCAUCCAUCGAUGACUGUGAUAAUGUCCCUCCGACUGGCAUACUAUACAGAAACAGCAGUGAUGCUGCAUAUUCAAGACCACAUAGUCUUCCAACAGAGUCCUAUCUAUACAAAAAGCCAGAAGAUAUCCACUCAAACUUAAACAAAACAAGCAGGAAGGAAAUAAAUGAAAAGAACAUAGUUACGCAGGAGAAAUAUAACACUUAUCCAAUCCUGUCUUCUCUGGAAAAUUUGCCCGAUUCUGACUCGUUAACUUCGUCCUUGGUUCAGAGAGCCUCCAAUAUAGUCUUCAAAUUCGACAACGAAGAGUCGAGGAAGCCGUUGACCCUCUGCGAAGCGAACCGACUGAAGCGCAUGAAAUUUUUAAACAUGAAUCUGUCUCAAUCCGAAGACGAUCAGAGUAGGCCACGGGAGAGCGUACUUUCCCCACUGAAUACAGACUCUAAGGUCGAUCAGAGCAACGGUGACACCGCGUCCAAGGAUAGACCGGUGAUAGGGAGGACGUCGUCUUUGAGAGAGAAAUUUGAAACGAUCGUAGAGGACGUGGAACUGAGACCAGGCCGACAAAUAGGUACAAUACGCGACCCUAAUCAGAAGGUGAUACAGCAACCGCCGCAGAGGCCAGCGAGUACUCCCACUGAUACUCAGCAGUGCGUACUGACCAGCGUGCAACAAGAGAUUGCAGCAAGGCGCAAGGCUAAUAUCUCGCGUCAGGACUCGAGGCUCUCCGUUAAAUGCUUGAUUGAGAGCAUAGAGAAUGCCACUAAGCAAGCUAAAGCGGGACCUGGAAGUCGCAGCAGUUCGACAUCCUCCCUGAACUCCAUAGGAACUAACGACAUAAUGACAAUGAAGGCACCUCUCAGGGACCAGCAGCAGAUCAAUAACUUAAUCUGCACGGCGAAUUCGACGAAUAACAAUAAAACUCAAGCCGCGAUAACGAGAAAGCCGUUGUCAGAGACAAAGUCAACACCUGUGAUGCUAAGCCCAGGUGAGCUUCUGGACUCUGCCGCUCUGAACGCCAAGGCGAUCGACUUUGUCCGUCGUAACAGCGUGACGGAUUUGUCGGAACGCAAAGAUCCUCUUUGCGGACUGAUUAAGAACGGAGGAUCGAAACGUAACGCUUUGCUCAAGUGGUGUCAGAACAAAACGUUGGGCUACAGGAAUAUCGACAUAACGAAUUUCAGUAGCUCGUGGAACGACGGUUUGGCACUGUGCGCUAUCCUUCAUUCCUACCUUCCUCAUAAGGUACCAUAUGAUACGUUAACGCCCGUGGAGAAACGAAGAAACUUCUCCAUAGCUUUCUCCGCUGCAGAGAGCGUUGGAAUACCUACCACGUUGAACAUAGGCGAAAUGUGUCAAUUGGAGCGACCCGACUGGCAACAAGUUAUGACGUACGUGACCAGUAUUUACAAACACUUCGAAACGUAAUUUUGGUUCCACGUGCCCCUCGCGUCAUCUCCAACUCAACGCCCCUUGAAACCGUUCGCGUGAGCGAACAAGAACAAGAUCAUCUAGUCAACCAAAAAUUUCGCAAGGACUUCAUUGUGGAUUCACCAAGGAUCGGCACUGACUGCGCCUGAAACGCUUCUUGCACAUGGUCGCAAGUGUUCUCCAAGUACCCAGAAUUUCGAUGGAAGACUAAACACCAAAUGGAAUUGCUUUUCGCUAUGAGACUGAAUGUUUAUAUACACGUGAAUAUAUUAUUAACCCUUUGACUGCGAAUGGCUUAUAUAUACACUCUCGAGAAAUCAGCUCAGAGAAAUGUUUAUAUUCGUUGAAUCAAUUUUUAAAAAAUAUCAGCUUGUAGGGGAUGAGGAGACGAAACUUUUUUAUAUUUACAGUUUUUUCAUAAGAUGUUUAGUUUCGAAAAUAAAAAUUGAAAAGUUAGAAGUUCGUUUCAAAAGUUGAAUUUCAAGAAAAAGAUCUUCUAAGUUUGCAAUUUUUAUCUCUGAAACUAAACGUCCUACGAACAAACUGUAAAUACAAAAAAGUUUCGUCCUAACAUCCCCUAUAAGGUGAUAUUUUUUUAAAAUUCGAUUGUUCAACUGUUGUUUCUUUUUCCUUUAAGACAACAGCAACAAUAUCAGAUCACUACGAGAUCCCAGGAAAAAGGUCUUCUAAGUUUUCAAUUUUUAUCUCUGAAACUAAACGUCAUAUAAAUAAUCUGUAAAUAUGAAGAAGUUUCUAUAAGCUGAUAUUUUAUUUUAAAAUUCACACCUUUAACACAUAAACCUUAGAAAGUUUUAAAUGGAAAAUCCAAGGAAUAUUUUCAAUCGGUUACUUCUUUUUCUUUAACUUCAAUCAGAGUUGACGAAACAAUUUGACAUUUGCUAGAGUUGUUAUUUAUAAUAACAUGAAGAAGCCCUGAAAAUUUCAAAUUUCUAUCUUAAUUAUUUCCUUAUAUAUCACUUCAGUAAAUACAAAGUUUCUCUACUGAAAAUAUUUUAGCAAUACUAUUAAAUGUUUUAAAUAUAAAUUCUUGUCGAAAGAAUUUCCUACACUAAAUUUUUCAAUUACCAGAAAAAGAAUUUUUGUUUGUGGAACAUUUAUAAAAAUUAAUAUACAGUCAGCGUAAUAAGUACCCAUUUAAGACAUUUAAAAUAAUAUCAUAAAAAUAUUUCAAGUAGAUAAAAUAGCUUCAUAUUUACUGGAUUGAUAUAUAAGGAAAUAAUUGAGAUAAAAAUUUGAAAUUUUCAGGAAAUCUUCCUCUUACUACAAGUAAUAACUCUAGCAAAUUUCAAAUCGUUUCAAUUUUUACCUGAGUUAUAAAAAAGAGUGACCGACUUUUGAAAAUUUGGAGCACGCGUUAAUGUUUAAAAUUCAGAGCUGAAAUUUUGCAGGAAUAUUUUCUUAUAUAUUUUCAAGAUAUUCAGGGGGCAACGUAGAAUACAGAGAUCAUUGAAAUAAGGACCGUCCCAUUGUACAUUGUAUUGUCCCUGUAUGUAAUGUAAUAAAGAUUGUAUAUUAUUUUUAAGAUGA